AUGGUGGUCGUUCCACCACGACGCCUCUCCCCAUCGCUCGGCCAUGGCAUCGGCAACCCCCAGCGCUUAUCUAUGGCGUCGGUCGCCUCCACAACCACGGCGCCCCUCCACGACGUGGCCGUUGCGCUGGAGCACACUCACGAUGACAUCUGCAUGGUGCAUGGCGACGUGUCGGCCUCCAAGUACGUGCUCCUCGACGAAGACGGACGUACGAGGCUCUGCGACCUGGGGUCGGGCUGUGAGGGCACCUUCCCGGCCACCGUCGCGCCCGCCUGGAGCGCGUCAGCGAUGGGAUCGCCAGUUUACGCGGACCCCUUCUUCCUCCGCACGGGCAUCAUGUCCAAGAAGUCUGACUUGUACGGCUUCGGCGUGCUGCUGUUCGAGGCCGUCACUGGCUCGCCGGCUACUGGAGCACCGGGCCAGGACGUCAACGGCAAGUACUUGGCGCCGAAGGUGCCGCGCGUGACGGCGGUCGGGGUGGCGGGGCUCAUGGAUGGCAGGCUGGGCGACGAUCACGACACCGUGGAGGCGGGCGACGUUGCACCGAUCACCGUCGAUCGCGUCGUGGCGCAGGUGCGAGCAGCCCUCGCGGAGAAGGUGGCGAUGGCCAUCGCGGGGAUGGACGACAACGAUAUGCGUCGGCGCCCGCCGUGUACCUGA